CGACUGCAGUUCCUCACACGGGAGAACAAGUGUAUAUAUAAGCUUAACUGUUUUGAUAUUUCUCGGAAAACGAUAGAGGAGGAAGAAGCGAAGAGAUAGAGAAGAUUCACUCGCCGGAAUAUUCCGUUUCAUCGGAUAAAGACUGAUUAGAGUGUUGGAACAGACUCAUCUCCAUCUGUCAUGCCGCACUUAUCCGCGAGAAUCUAUCAUAGGCAAUAUUAGUGACGCAGCUGAAGUUCUCCAAAAUGGUAGCUACGGGAUCUCGCAUAUCCUGUCAGUUCUGAGCUCUGCAUCUAUAGCAUUUUUCUCUGAAUGGCGCAGUGAUUUAAGGAUACCAACAAAGGAAAUCAAGAAGGUCUAUGUUGGUGGGACUGAUGAUCCAGCUUCUGUGAAUGAUUCAACUGAUGCUUCAAAGAGCUGUUUGUCACUCGGGAAGCUUCUGUAUCUGUUGGAAUUGGCUGGAAAGGAUCUAAAGCUUGUGAGAAUGGCAGUACCAAUCAGAGAUAUGGAAAAUGAAAAUUUAUUGGAUUACUUGGAUGUUUGCUUGGAUUUUGUUGAUCAGAGUAGGAAAGAAGGAGCUGUUUUGGUGCAUUGCUUUGCUGGAGUGUCGAGAAGUGCAGCUAUAAUUACAGCAUAUCUCAUGAGAACUGAACAACUGUCUCAAGAAGAAGCCCUUGAUUCGAUGCGGCAAAGCUGUGAGUUUGUUUGUCCCAAUGAUGGGUUUCUGGAGCAGUUAAAAAUGUUUGAGGAAAUGAGUUUCAAGGUUGAUCAUGCUAGCCCCAUAUACAAGAGAUUCCGUCUGAAAGUUUUAGGUGAUUCAUAUAAUCGAGGGGAGAAAAUAGACAGCUCUAAAUUUGGGGCUGAUCCGGGCCUGCCAAAAGAAGUUUCCUCUAAGUUAGAGCUAUCUGCAAAUGGAGAAAAUAAUCGAACACCUGUUUAUCGCUGCAAGAAAUGCCGUAGAGUUGUUGCGCUGCAGGAAAAUGUUGUGGAUCAUGCUCCAGGAGAGGGUGAGACAUCAUUUGGGUGGCAGAAGCGGAGAAGUGGCAACCCCUUUAAGUCUGCAGAAACUGAGUGCUCUUCUGUUUUUGUUGAACCUCUACGGUGGAUGACAGCAGUUGAAGAAGGUGCAUUGGAGGGCAAGUUGUCCUGUGCUCAUUGUGAAGCCCGGUUAGGUUACUUCAACUGGUCAGGCAUUCAAUGUAGUUGUGGAAGUUGGAUCACCCCAGCCUUUCAGCUCCACAAAAGCCGUGUGGACAUCAGCACGGUCUAAUACUGGUAAGACCACAAAAGCUAGUCUGUCAGUACCCCGCUAAACCACUGAAUUAUUGAAUAUUUCCCAUUGAUAAUCGU